AGAGGAGGGAGUGGAAGAAGGCGGUUAGGGUGGUGAGGGAGGUGGAGGAAGAGUGUGAGACGAGUGUGGAGAGGCUGAGGCAGGUGGUGGACGCCAUGGCCGUUGAGAUGCACGCUGGUUUGGCAUCAGAAGGUGGCUCCAAGCUCAAAAUGCUUCUCACACAUGUUCAUAAUCUUCCUAAUGGGUCUGAAAGAGGAACAUAUUAUGCACUAGAUCUUGAAGGUACAUAUUUUAGGGUCUUGAGAGUUCAUUUGAAUGGUCAACAAUCUGCUAUCUUGGAACAUGAAGUAGAACUACAAACUAUUCCCCAACAUCUAUUGACCAGCACAAGCAAGGAUUUCUUUGAUUUCAUUGCUUCUUCAUUGAAAGAAUUUGUUGAGAAAGAAGAUGAUUCAGAGCUUUCAGUGGCCAGAAGAAAAGAACUUGGCUUAACGUUUUCCUUUCCCAUCAAACAAAUAUCUGUUUGCUCAGGCAUUUUAAUAACAUGGACAAAAGGGUUUUCCAUUGUAGAUAUGGUAGGAAAAGAUGUUCCUGCAUGUUUGCAAGAAGCCUUGGUACGAAAAGGCCUAGAUUUGCGGGUAGCUGCAUUGGUUAACGACACUGUUGGAACUUUAGCCCUCGGACAUUAUCAUGAUGCUGAUACUGUGGCUGCUAUAGUGAUCGGGACUAGUACCAAUGCUUGUUAUUUGGAACGAACCGAUGCUAUUAUUAAAUGUCAAGGUCUUCUCACAACAUCAAGAUCCAUGGUUGUGAAUAUGGAAUGGGGGAACUUUUGGUCCUCUCAUUUACCAAGAACAUCAUAUGACAUUGAUUUAAAUGCUGAGAGUCCUAACCCAAAUGAUCAGGGCUUUGAGAAGAUGAUAUCAGGAAUGUAUCUUGGCGACAUUGUGAGGAGAAUCAUUCUCAAGAUGUCAUUAGAGUCAGAUAUUCUUGGACAUAUUUCUUCAAAGUUUUCAAUGCCUUUCAUACUGAGUACUCCUAUGAUCGCCGCUAUGCACGAGGAUGAUUCUCCAAAUUUGAGAGAAGUAGAAAGAAUCCUGAAAGACAUCCUUGAGAUUCCUGAUGUUCCUUUAAAGGUAAGAAAACUCAUGAUGAAAGUAUGUGGGAUUGUGACUCGCCGAGCCGCUCGGUUGGCAGCAGCCGGUAUAAUCGGUAUCUUGAAGAAGAUUGGUAGGGAUGGGAGUGGUGGCAUCACAGGUGGAAGGAGAAGUGAUAUGAAAAUGAGAAGAACAGUUGUGGCAAUUGAAGGAGGCUUGUAUUCUAACUAUACAUUGUUUCGAGAGUACUUGCAUGAAGCUUUGCAUGAAAUAUUGGGUGAAGAUAUUGCUAAGCAUGUAAUUCUUAAGGUUACUGAAGAUGGAUCAGGUAUUGGUACAGCAUUGCUUGCUGCUUCACAUUCAUCCAAUAAUGUGGAUAGAAUAUAGCUGCUAUAAUUAUAUAUUCUUUAUUUAUACAUAUAGCCCCUGUAAAUUAGAUUAUUCUUCUUCUUUUUUUAUUAAUUAUUAUUCUUAUUUAAUCUCUGUAUAAAGGAAGAUUCUGCCUAUUCUUUGUUAAGGGAUAACAUUAUUCUUGUCAUUUAUUUAUUUCACUGAGAAGUGUUUAGGAUGAACAUUCUUAAUCAUUUGAGAUGAUUUGGAUGAGUAGAGCAUGUGGUAGAGAAGAUUGAAGGGUAUUUUUAUCAAUCAUUUUCAAAGUUUUAUAUUUC